CGUAUCCGGAUUAUACCGGAUACACUACACGCACUUUAUUGAAGGCAACGUCGAGUGGUGGUUGGCAGAAGCAGAUUGAUCCACGAUGGCCAAGUUCACGCACGAGCAAAUGAAGAAGAUGACGCGCCGCGUGGCGUCCGAGUCGACCGAGUGCCAGCCUGAGUUCCUUCUCUUCAUCGGCGCCAUGGCCAAGCACAACUGGGACUCGAGCAAGUGCGUGCGCGAGUGGCGGGACGCUUUCAACUGCGUCGCUGGCAACCGUAACAAGGGCAGCGCCAAGCAAAAGUCGACGCUCAACUACCACGUCAUGCGCCUCGCCAAGGGCUUGUAAAUAUUAGGAUGAUCCAAGCGUUGCCUGCAUAAUAGAGCGGAUGCCAUGACCUGGACUCGCCCCAGUACGACACAGUAUGGAACUACACAGUCUACUAGGGAGGCUAGGACCUCAAAAUCAAGGCAUGGACAGCGUUGCUAUGUCCCAUGUACAGCCA